AAGGGUCCCUAAAGGAGCUACUGCCCGACUCGCCCAGUUCCCGCGCGAAGCCCCCGGGCGCGCCAAGCUGUGGGGGCGUGGCCUCCAGGUGGCGGCUCGUGUGAUUGGCUGCGCGGAGUGACGUCACGCUCUGCGACCCAGGGCGCGCCGGCGCGCUGUGGGAAACGGCGGUUCGGUCCGUGGUGCGGAGUUGGGCUGUGCGGCUGCUUCGUGGCGGCAUGGCCGAACCGGGACCCGGUUCGAAAGCCGAAGUAAAGAAGGUGGAUGAGGAGAAGGAGACGGCGGCUCCAGCACGGAAGAAACGGCGCUUGGCUGCCGGGGAGCGCUACGUGCCGCCGCCGCGAAAACUGAGGUCGGGAGUGAGCUUCAGCGCGGCUCAUUUCGCCGAGACCUCGUAUUACUUCGAGGGAGGGCUGCGCAAAGUGCGGCCUUACUACUACGACUUCCGCACCUACUGCAAAGGGCGCUGGGUGGGCCGCAGCCUCCUGCAUGUCUUCAGCACCGAGUUCCGCGCUCAGCCUCUCGCCUAUUACCGUGCUGCCGCCCGGGCAGGCCGCCUCCGCCUCAACGAGGAGCCUGUGCAGGACCUGGAUGUCGUGCUGAAGAACAAUGAUUUCCUCAGGAAUACAGUCCAUCGCCAUGAGCCUCCAGUCACUGCCCAGCCCAUCCAAAUCCUUGUGGAGAACGAUGAGGUGGUGGUUGUAGACAAACCGUCCUCUUUGCCCGUGCAUCCCUGCGGUAGGUUUCGUCACAACACCGUCAUCUUCAUCCUCGGUAAAGAGCAUAACCUGAAGGAGCUGCAUACCAUACACCGCCUCGAUCGCAUGACAUCAGGAGUGCUUAUGUUCGCUAAGACGGUGGAGGUAUCCAAGAGGAUCGAUGAGCAGGUUCGGGAGAGGCAGCUGGAAAAAGAGUAUGUCUGUCGUGUGGUGGGGGAGUUUCCAGAACACGAGGUGGUCUGUGAAGAGCCCAUUCUGGUUGUUUCUUACAAAGUGGGAGUGUGUCGUGUUGACCCCAAAGGGAAAUGCUGCAAAACCAUCUUCCAGAGACUCAGUUACAAUGGCAAGAGCAGCGUGGUCAAGUGUCUUCCACGUACUGGGAGGACACACCAGAUCCGGGUCCAUUUGCAGUACUUAGGGUACCCUAUUGUCAAUGACCCCAUCUAUAAUAUGGAAGCCUGGGGCCCUGAAAAAGGCAAAGGUGGAAAGAUUGGGAUGACAGAUGAAGAGCUCCUUAAGGCGCUGGUGGAGGAGCAUCGUUCCAAACAAAGCUUGGACAUCUUGGGUAUCUCAGAAGAGGACUUGAAUUCUAAUGCAGAAAAUGACUGUGGAAAUUCAAGUGAGUGCACAGAAUCUGUGCAGACUGAUCCUAUAAGUGAGAACUCCUGCCUUGCUGAGGAUGUCAAGGGUUCCGAGACAGAAGAAAUAGCAGCUUACCCACUGAACUUCAAUACCAACCUAGAAACGCUUAAAACAAACACAGAACUGGGCUCAUGUGAAAACGAGGGUAGGCAAACAGGAGAAAAGAGCUCAGAGGAGAGGGACCCUUUAUGUGUGGAGUGUAAAAUAACAAGGAAGGACCCAUCUCCCAAGGAGCUGGUGAUGUACCUACAUGCCUUGCGCUAUAAGGGAGCAGAGUUUGACUAUUGCUCCAAGAUGCCUGAAUGGGCAAUGGAGGACUGGGAGGACUGACAGAGGAUAUGAAAUCUUCAGACAAGGUUCCAGCAAGGCCAGAAGAGCCUUGUAAAGACCUAAUGCUUUGUUGUGGUUGAGGUGAACAAACUGCUUGUGAAUUGGGAUGGGCUGGGAAGACUUGUUGUGGCUGGUGGGUUGUCCUGCCUGCUAACAGUAGCUGUAAAAAGGCAGGAAGAUGGGGUUGUAACACUAAAAUGACAUUGCCCCUUAGUGAAUGCCUGGGGAACACCUGGCACAGGCAGCUUGGCCUCUCACCUCAAUCUUUUUUGGGUUUGUAUGCUUAAAUUAAGCAGUGGAUAUUAUCCUCUUGAUCUGCUGUGUUCUUGUACUGUACAAUAAGGGCUGCUGUAACAUUCAAUAUACUGGGUGUCAUACACAUAAACUGCUUGUGCUUCUACUGUCAAGCUGAUCUUUAAAAUCAAAACAUCACCCCUGAGAAUGCUGUAAGUCAAAGCAGAGAGCGCUGUGAGGCUGAUUUGUUUGUCAUGUUUGGCUUUAAAGAAAAGUAAAAGCUAUUUUAGAGUGUUUUUCUUAA